GAAAUUCAAAAUCAUCACAAUUAGAACGUUUACACAUUAUUUAAUUCUCCGACCUGUGUUUCCAUUUCUCUCACACAGACAAACACAUUACACAUAGUGAUAAUUCAAUAAUCAAGAAAUCGUGAGAUUUGGACGCGAAUACGAAAUGGCUCAGAUCCAGUACUCUGAGAAAUAUUUCGACGACACCUACGAGUACAGGCACGUUGUUCUUCCACCAGAAGUGGCUAAACUGCUUCCCAAGAAUCGUCUUCUCUCUGAAAAUGAAUGGCGUGCGAUUGGGGUUCAGCAGAGUCGUGGGUGGGUCCAUUAUGCAGUUCACCGUCCGGAGCCACACAUCAUGCUCUUCAGGAGGCCACUGAACUAUCAGCAGCAGCAGCAGGAGAAUCAAGCUCCACAAAUUCUUGCCAAGUGAAGAAUCAACGCUCUGGUUUUCCUUGCCGAUAUUCUCAUUUCUGCUAGAAAUGAACUUACUAUAAGAUAAUACAAUAUUAUGAAAUUUGUGUUCUUGUCAAAAGUGUUUGGAUAUGCUUAGCCCAGAAUCAAGUGUUGAAUUUCUGUUUCAAUGACUUUGAUCUAAAUAGUAUUUGAAAUCUACUGUUAGUACUUCAGAUACUUUCUUCAAUGUUCCAAUUCCUUUGCAAGUAUCAGGGGAUUAUGACAUACUUUAUUGCGCUAUCUUUCUACCAGUAACUUAUGUCACUUGGUUGCUGA